AGGGCUGUGCGACACUGGGCUUGAAUUGGGAAGAGACGGGAAAGGGACCUGCGACGAGACGAUAGCUGAUCAGGGACAACGUUAGGGCAAACAGACUAGGCGAGCGGUCCCUACCUCUGCCGGAGUAGGUCGGCACAAUAUCUUCUCGCCUUAUCCUAGCCGUCGGAAAUUCGUCCAGACGUACUACCGGACAACGGACAACGAGGGUGAGGCGCGAUGUUUUCACGGAAUCAAGGAGCCUACCACGCGCCACUUCCUGGCCCCCGCCGCGGCGCAGUACCACCGACACCUGGCCCGGGCGGCCGCGGCUCAUGGCCUACGCCCAAGCGCAUGAUCUGGACAGGCGCAUUCGCCGCCGUGACCAUCGUCGGUACCAUCUACGGCGCGGGACUAAAGACGCAGCAAGAGUAUCGCGCUGAAAAGAAACAAAUCUUAGAAACCUCAAUAGAAGAGCGCAUCAGCGCGCUCGAGGCCCGGCGGGCGCAGCUCGUGAGGCAGAAGCAGCCUCUUGAGAAGAAGCGAGAGGAGCUGCAGCUACGCAUUGAGAAGCAGAAUCAGGCAACAGAUACCCGUUCUUGAUCCUGAUCCCAGAUUAUUAUCUACGCAUUCUUGUCUUACCCUUGUGAAAGGCAGAAAGGUACUGAAAACCCGAAGCAGGGAUGAAAUAAUGACUUGGUCAAGCGAUGUUCACGCGGAGUUAACUCUACUCCCGAGUCUCACCUUGGUCUAGGGAGGAAAGAAAGAAGCUCUAGAGAAGCUACUACCAGGACAAGGCAACAAAGAUGGCGCUCAGACUUAAGGGGCCGUUUACGUCACAGAUGCAAGUCCUUGUUGUCCGUUCUGCAAUUUGAUGCGACGUUAUGAAGCCGCUCUUCAGAGCUAAGGUCGACUAUACAGAUGGGCUGUGCUGAAUGUCAACUCCGGUACCUAGGUUACCGCGUCAGCUGAUAGGACUA